UUCUGACGUCCUUUCAAAAGUGAAAGUGAAUCUUUUAGCUGGCGACGACCUUUCCCGAACGUGGCUUUGAACAAAAUACGAUUAAAAAAAGCCAAAGCUGACUUCAAAUCUACACCGAAAUGUGAAUUACCUCCUAAUUUAUGUCCUUACGCACUAUAACCUGGAGCUGAUUAAAGGAUAUUUCGACCUGGAGUUACACCACGAUGGGUUCGCUGAUCAUGAAGACAUGUUUUGUGUUUGCUCUGGUUUCAUCGUGUGGAGCCGCCCCUGUUUCAGAUAACCUGGUGGUCUUGGUCAAGUCUACUGUCUCAGUGCACUUCGGCAACGAUACCAUGUUACCAUGCUGGCUCAAUCCUCCACAAAAUGCGGAGGGCCUGGAGGUACGUUGGUACCGCAAUGGUAACUUCGACAGCCCGAUCAUGCUUUACCGGGCGAAGAAGUUCCAGAAUGUAUCCCAGGAGUCUUCAUACAGGGGCCGGAUCUCGUUUGGCUUAAAGGACUCAGCAUCUGGUGGUCUGAAGGAAGGUGAUGUGAGCCUGAAGCUGGAAAAUGCCAGACUUCAGGAUGUGGGAGAUUACAGUUGUUACGUGAGCAGUGAUCAGGGUUAUGACAGUGCGACCAUCAGUCUCAGUGUGACAAAUACGGGAACCCCCCCUCUUCUGUCAGUAGUGUGGCUAGAAGAUAACAUGGUGAAUGUGAGCUGUGAGUCUGGAGGAUGGUAUCCAGAACCUAGUCUGCGCUGGAUGGAUCAAAAGCAGGAUCUCAGCGCGAAAAAAAGCAACGACUCUUCUGGUUUCAUGUCAGUCCACAGCUGGCUUCUCGUCUCCAGGCCCUCAGAGGUUUCCUGCUCAGUAGGUACCUCUGAUAAAGACACAAAGGAGGCCAAAGUACGCCUGGAAAACAUUUCCACACCUGGGAAGGAGUCUGGAUCCUCAGCAGGUGGAUGGGUGGCCUUCGCUCUACUCCUCAUAGCCGUGUUAGCUGGACUUGGAAUGUUUUUCUUCAAAAACAAACAUAAAUAUCCGAUUUUCGGUAAAUCAGGAUGUGACCAAGUUGAUGGGAGGAAAGACAAAGAAGAUGACCAAACUGAUGAGAGGCAGAAGCUUUUACAAGGAGGGACCCAGCUAACAGCAUUUAGCAAGUAUUAUGAAAAUGUUACCCUUGACCAGACAGUACAUGAGUAUCUCAAGAUCAAGGAUUGUAGACUGAGAGACGUCCCGUUUAAGGAUUUUCCUGAUGGACAAGAGGUUACCUGUCUCACAGCGAUCAAAGGAAGAUGUGGCUUCUCUUCUGGACAACACUACUGGGAGGUAUCUUUGGGGCAUAUCAGUAUAGGCCCCAAAGUGUCUUGGUGGCUUGGAGUUACGAGUGCGAGAGUCAUCCCUGAGAGGUCAGAUUUGAUUCCGACUGCCUCUGAUGGUUUCUGGUUCCUGUCCUCGUCCCCUGACAGCGCAGAACGCUUUCAGUUUAGCACACAACCAAAAGUUUUACUGCCUGUCUCUUCAAGACCGCAGAAGGUUGGCGUGUUUUUAGAUUAUGACAGAGGAGAGCUUUCCUUUUAUAAUGUGGAACAGGAGAGGCUCAUUGGAUCUUUAACAGCUCAGUUCACAGGUGAAGUUUUCCCACUUUUCAAUCCUGGUAAAAAUGACAAAGCACCUAUGGAGAUAUUACACAAGCCAGAACAGGGUCCGUCUACUGACAUGGGGAACUCUGCAGAAUCAGCUGCACCAUAGACUGAAUCUGAACAGAAUCAGUAAAAAGUGCUAGUUUUAACACUACUUCUACUUUGUUGAAAGGGAAAAGGAGGAGAAUACAAAAACCUAAUUGAACCUUUAUCGUCUUUACAAUUGAGACUAAACCUAAAAUACUAUUUUACUCGAACCAAUUAGUUGUAAAAAUGGAGGUGAUUGCAUUGUCAGAUUGAAGAUGAUGUCAGGCGGUUACACGUGGCGCUGUCUGCCUACAUUGACAACACACACUACAAUACAUCAUCAUCUCCAUAGUUUAAUAGAAAGGCCAGUGUAUGUAUUCGGUACCGCCCAACAUUUGUGAAUAAAUUAGUUGAAGCUAAAAUGCUCAAACUCUGACACAAUUUGACACAGUACAGACAAAAUAACAGAAAGAUGUCACUGUAAUAAGCAUGGGGGGAAUUGGAUUUUAUAUAGCCCUAUGCUUGCAAGUGAAUAACAAUUUGUUGUGCUUUUCCCACAAAUUUCCCACAUUAACUUCUCUAGGCUCAAAUAUGAUAAAUAAUAAUAAAAAAAAGAGCAGUUGAAUUCAGCAGUGACCUAAAAACCCAAUAGCUAAAGAUGAGUGAGUCUAAAAUGAGGGCUAAAACAGAACUUAAAACAAUGUUUUUUCACCAAGAGGGGUUCAGACAGAGGGAUUCUUCCGCUGUUCUCCGCUGUCUGCCUGGUGCAGUCGUCUGCUUCCUUACCUGCUGUUGUUCCUGCUGCUUCUCCUCUGCGUCGUCUCCCUCUUGUUGUGUCUGCUCUUUUCUGUGUUUUUACCUGCUUCGUCCCGCCCCUUAGCUGCCUGUUGGUUCAUUACGGGUCAGCGCUCCUGUCUGAUUGGUUGGUUUCAUUGUGUAUUAAAAUUCACAGCUGAGGCGCAUCCUGUCUCUCUCUCUCUCUCUCUCUCUCUCCCUCUCUCUCUCUCUCCCCCCUCUUCCCUGUCUGGUAUAAAAAGCCCUAAAAUAAUAAAAAUCAUGUCUGACCAGAUGCAAGUUAAUAAUGAUAAUCAGUCCAGCAAAUUUCAGGCAGGAAGUCGAACCAAAAACAUAAAAACUCAACCGUUUUCAACUUAAAAGCAGGUAUUAAAAUGAUUAUUUCAAUGAUAAAGCUAACAUAAAAACCAACACACUAUAUAAACAUACAAUACAUAUAUACAGUAUGUAAUACAAAUACAUAUAAAACAUGAACUAAAUGAGUAAAAAUGUUUUAAACAUCAAAAGUUACCAACACUACUUCUGCCCUGUGACGGUAAAUCUUAAAUAUGACUUUUGUAACGAUCAUAAUGAUGUUUUUUGUUGAAGCUGUAAGAUGUGACAGUUUAAAUGGAUUGACAUUUUGUAGUUUGUAGUUUGUAGUUUAUGGUAUUGUUAAGUAUAUAGUUUGACCAAGGGCCACUGCUAGAUAUUUUGGUGCCCUAAGCAUAAUUGCUUAUAUAUAUAAUUACAUACAUGCUUUUGUAUAUACACUGUAAAUAUGCAUUGACAUGUACAUUUAUUUCAUUCAUUCACUAAUUAGAAUGUUGUAUAUCCUAUGUGCAGUGUGUUAUUACUCUUUUCAAAAGUAAUAUUACGGUACAUAUUAAUCCCUGACAAAAGUAAGUAGUUACAUUACUAGUUAUAUUACUUUUCCCACAAAAUUGAUAAUUGGGUGCUAACAAAAUGAAUAUUGUAAGAAUUUUUUUUGGGUGGUAACUGUAAUAUUAUUACUGAAAUUGAAAAAGUAAUUAGUUACACUAAUAGAUGCUGGGGAUAGUCAUAUUAUUACUGUAAUAUUAUUACUAGUAAUGGGUUACUGCCCAACAUUCUAAUUUAUUGUUCUCAAAUAUUGCCUUUGAAAUGUUUUAAUUUAUAUUGCUCAUCAUGUGUGGUUAUUUUGGUGAUUCAUAGCUAGUCUCAUGCCUUUUGGUCCUAUAACUUUUAAAUAUCACAGAGGUACUCAUUUAGAUUCCAAAGGGUUUAAGAGUAAAAGAUUUUGUGCAUUUUUUUAAUCAUUUAUAAGGGAACACCCUCUUUUCUUAACUGGCUUUGUAGGCUCUAUUGUGUGAAAUGUAGAAUUGAUUCUCCUGUGUUUUGAGCCUAUUAUAAUUAUCUGAAGUAUGUUCCUUAAUUUUUAUUUUUUUGAAAAAACAGACUUUGUGCUAUUACAUAUUUCCAGCUGCCAUGGUAACUAUAGUCACUAAGUUCCCUAGUCAUAGGUUUUAUUGUCUUCUCUCCACUUUCUCCAUAUAGCUAAGAGGUUUUCAAAAUGGGAGGCGGAUCCUCCCCAGAGGGUCUCCCAACAGUUUCAGUGGAGGGUCAGUGUAGUGAAGACACUGGGAUGUUACUGUAUAUGGCGUUAGUUCAGGGGCUAUCACUGAGUUCACACCGGGGUGCCGGCCAGAACACCAACUUAAGGCUAAGUAAUGCUCAGAGGUCCACAAUGAAGAAGCAGGUGACGGAUAGUGCAGGUGGUUUAAUAUCCUCUUGCUGGCAAUGAGGUCAUGUGGUUUUUCUAUAGCAAAGGAACAAUAACAAAUAUACACAAAUGAAUAAGAAUAAAGCUCUUAAUCACUAAUAAACAUACUAAAGGAGUACUGAAAUUACUACAUCCCCAAAAUAACAGUCCUGAAACACUCUUCACCUAACUUACUAGCAUAUUAACACACAUAUAAACAACAUCACAUGGUAAUAUUUAAGUAACACUCACUGUAAGCAUUACACUAGCGAGUCGGAGCGAUAACAAUAACGUAACAUGUGACGUGACGUACACUUGAUCAGAGGCAGGUGAGCUAAAUGCUACAACUAGCUUAAACAGUGACCACAUGGCAAGUCUGACAGCUACACAUCAGAACAACAAAUAAACUAUAGCUGCAGCAACGUAAACACAGUACAUCAACAAUAUAUCCGGACAUACUCACUUUCCAUCCACGCGCAGACCACUUGCCGUGGCGUUAAUUGUUAAUUGAACCGUGAAUCCCUCACUCUGCCGUCUCACCGGAGCACACACCUCUCUGACCAAGUACCGUCAGUUACGCUAUAUAACCAGCAGGGGGAGGGGGGGGGCGCUCUUAUAUGAGCUGACCAACACUACAUCUAUGAAAUCACACACUAAACAUAAUAUGUCCCAACUUUGGGGCCUUUUCUACAGUCAGUGAAGGGAAGUGAAACAAUCUAAAUUAUGUAGGAAAUCACAUAUCCUAUACUUAUGUUAAUUGGUUAAAGAGAUAGUUCAGAGAUACAGUAAUAUUGAGGAAUUUUACAGUUUUCCCUACUUUCCAAGAGACAGAACCUAAUAAAUUCCUUAAGUUAGACCUUUUGUUAUUUUUAAAAAAUAUAUUUGGGGUAGUCUGAAGUUAUGUCAAACAACAAUAAUAUAAUAAUAUAAUAUACGUACCUCCUAUAUAUAUAUAUAUAUAUAUUUAACUAGAGGCUAUCUAGGCUCAAUUAUUGAGUGUCUAUGGGAUCAAAUAACAUAAUCAUGAUCCCAUAGGCAUGCAGGAAUUACUAGUAAUAGGUAAGUUAGUAAACUAACUUUACAAGCGUUGUCUGAGCGGAGGCCCACAGUCUCAGACUUUGAACUCCAGGUAUGUCUCACUGAAUUGCCUAGGUGUGAAAUAACUGACAACUACUGCAGCAAACUAUUUAGAAACUGACUUACAAAAGGGAUUAUUAUGACUUACAAAUUACUACCACUAAUACACUUGUGCAUGUGUUUUGUGUGCAAAUGCAUAUAUAUUCAAUAUACCUAACAUGGACUAAGGCAGCUAAACUUUGAAGCUGAGUUUAUGGCCAGUAUUCAAAUUACAGUUCACCUUCGGUGUUGUUUUACAUAAUGUCAUUUGUAUUUUUUCUUCCUUUUAUAAUCUUGUUUCCAGUGAGCUCGAUGUUUGAAUGUAUGAUUCUUAAAAUAAGAUAUUUGAAUAAACUCAAUAUGGGAUCCUGUA